GACAGCAGGGAGGCCGGGUGCCCCGCACCACCCUGGUCCUGGGAUAAGCACCAAGUUGACACCAUGGCAGGACUGGGAUCCUGUGGCCUGGCCAGAGCUGCUGUGAUCAUCCUGCUGCUCCCUGGAAGCCUACAGGAUAAAUGUGGGAAAAUCAAUAUUUCGGCCCCUAUUGUCCGCCUGGGAGAUCCUGUCACUGCCUCCUGCACCAUCAGCCAGAACUGCAGCUUUCUGGACCCAGAGCCACAGAUUCUAUGGAGACUGGGAGAUAAGCUGGAGCUGUCUGGGCAGAGGCAGCAGCGCCUGCCCGAUGGAACCUGGGAAUCUACCAUCACCCUUCCCUACCUCAACCACACCCAGGCCUUUCUUUUCUGCCGUGCACUAUGGGGCAACCACCCACAGAUCCUGGACCAAGCAGAGCUGCAGGCAGGCUACCCUCCAGCCAUACCCUCCAAUCUGUCCUGCCUCAUGAAUCUCACCACCAACAGCCUCACCUGCCAGUGGGAGCCAGGACCCAACACCUACCUGCCUACCACCUUCAUCCUAAAGAGCUUCAAGAGCCGGGGCGACUGUCAGACGCAGGAGAACUCCAUCUUAGAUUGCGUGCCUGAGAAAGGACACAGCUACUGCUCCAUCCCCCGAAAACAGCUGCUCUUGUACCAGAAUAUGGUCAUCUGGGUGCGGGCAGAGAAUGCAUUGGGGGUCCGCGAGUCCCCACAGCUGUGCCUUGAUCCUAUGGAUGUUGUGAAAAUGGAGCCCCCCACACUGUGGGCCCUGGACCCCAGUCCUCAGGCGACUGCACUCCAGCCAUACUGCCUCUGGUUGGGGUGGGAGCCAUGGAAACCAAGCAUAUACAUGGACCAGAAGUGUGAGCUUCGCCAUCGGCCACAGCAGGGCGGAGCCAGCUGGGCACAGGUGGCUCCCCUGCCCUCCAGGACCCACCAGUAUGAGCUCUGUGGGCUCCUUCCAGCCACGGCCUAUGCCUUGCAAAUGCGCUGCAUCCGCUCACCUCUGCCUGGCUACUGGAGCAGCUGGAGCCCCAUUCUGGAGCUGAGAACCACAGAAUGUGCUCCAGCUGUCAGACUGGACACAUGGUGGCGGUGGCAGAGACAGAUGGACCCUACAGCAGUGGGUGGACAGCUCUUCUGGAAGCCAACACCCCUGAAGGAAGACUGUGGGCGGAUCCAAGGGUACCUACUCUCCUUGAGCCCCUCAGGCCAGCCAGAACUAGUCCUGUCCCUCUGCAACACCACAGAGCUCAGCUGUACCUUUUCCUUGCCCUCCGGAGCCCAAGAGGUGACCCUUGUGGCCUACAACGCAGUGGGGACCUCUCAACCUACCCCAGUGGUCUUCGUGGAGAGCAAAGGCCCACCCCUGACUGGACUCCAUGUCAUACCCCUAGACCCUUAUAGCCUCUCAGUGGGCUGGGAGCACCCCAGCCCUCAGCCUCAGGGCUAUGUGAUUGAGUGGGGCUUGGGCCCCAAUGGCAGCAAUAAGACUUGGAAGAUGGAACACAAUGGGAGCAUCACAGAGAUACUGCUGCAGGAGAACAUCAGGCCCUUUCAGCUCUACAAGAUCACUGUGUCUCCUCUUUAUCCAGGCACCGUGGGACCCCCCCAGAAUGUCUAUGCCUAUUCCAAAGAGACAGGCCCUUCCUAUGCCCCGGAGCUGAAUAUAAAGAAUAUUGGCAAGACCUGGGCCAAGCUGGAGUGGGUGCCCAUGCCCCCUGAGCCAGGGAAAAGCCCCCUUACCAAUUAUACCAUCUUCUGGACCAACACUAAGAACCAGUCCUCCCACACCACCCUGAACACCUCCUCCAACAGUUUUGUCCUGCAUGGCCUGGAGCCUGCCAGUCAGUAUCGCAUCCAUCUCAUGGCCAGCAGCCAGGCUGGAGCCAAAAACAGUACAAGCCAUACUCUGAUGACCUUGGCCUCAGGGGAAUUAGAGCUGUACAUCUUGCUGGGCCUGUUUGGCUUCCUGGCUUUGUUCAUCUGCCUCUGUGUGGCUGCCUGGUUACGGUGCAGCCACAGCAGGAAGAAUCUGCUCUGGCCAAGUGUGCCAGACCCAGCCCAUAGCAGCCUGGGCUCCUGGAUACCCAAAGCCAUGGCAGAGGAGACCGUCCCACUGCCCAGCCUUUGGGACUCAGGAAUGCCACCCAUCACCAAGAUUACUGUGCUGGAGGAGGAGAAGAAGCUGGGGUCCUGGGAGUCCAGUGACAGCUCAGAAACCUGUGGCCUCCCCACCACGGUCCAGGCCUACAUACUCCAGGGGGGCCCAAGAGCAACAUCUACCCCACAGCAGCCCGAGUCUGGCACCAAUGACCAGGUCUUUUAUGGGCAGGUGCUAGGCAGCCCAACCAGCCCACGACCAGGGCACUACAUCCGCUGUGACUCUACUCAGCCCCUUUUGGGGGGCCUCACCCCCAGUCCUAAGUCCUAUGAGAAUGUCUGGUUUCAGAACAGUCCCCUGGAGACCCCCAUGGCCACACUCUCAAGCCAGGAUGAUGACUGUGUCUUUGGGCCAUUGCUUGACUUUCCUCUCUUGCAGGGGCUUCGGGUCUAUGGUGUGGAGGGACUGGGAGCCUUCUAGGGUUUUCUGGGGUCUCUUCACCUGGGCCUGCCUCCAUCUAAAGGAAAGUAAACCCAUCACUUAAAAAAAAAA